UGUGACUAAAUGAGCAGUAGCCUGCACUUUAUGUACCGACAUGUGUGAUGUGUUAUAUAUUAGACAUAUUAUUUAACAGCCUGGCAGAUCAAGGUGGAGCUGAGAUUGUUAAAAACAACAGGAAUUUUUGAUGCGCGUUUUAAGCCUGCGCUGUUUGACCUUGGUAGUAUCCGUAGUAAUUGAUAGACUCACAAGAGAGGCGUCUAGCAGAACAGAGCCUCUGUUGGAGCACAUCAUGGCUGGUAUUUUCUUCAAACCAUGUCAUAUUGCUACUGUCUGUUAUUUAAAGACUUACUGACACUAAGUGAUGGCCUUGCGUGGUAAGUUUGCUACAGUCACGCUCCUUCUUUUCAUUAAAGGCAGAAUAAAUUGCUUAGCUAUUGGUUGUCAGUCAAAAGUAUUCUAUGCUUAAUAGUACACCGCAUAUCAAUGACACGUACAUGUCUGUUUAAAGUGUGUUUAUUCAGUUGUAGGCUGCCUGUACAGUUUAAUAUAAGAUUGACCGACAUUGACAUUUUCCACUUGAGGAUCCAUUUCAAAUUCAACGAUCAAAAUAAUUCACCCUAUAGGUUAAGUUAGAUGAUCAACCAUACGUUUAAUUUAUAUUUAACAACUUUGGUUGUGAACGGAACGCCAUAACGUAUGAUGGCAGAUUCUAGCAAUCACCAUACAAUCUUAGGCAGAUGAGCAAAUAUUGAGCGUUUUUAGUUGGAGAUGGGCUUUUUCAACCUUCAUUCACAAAUAAUAUUUACUAUAAUAAUACUGGGGGUAUUUUUACCCGUUAUUAGCGUCACACAGUCACAACUCAACCUCAAGUUCAAACGCAAAGCAACUAUCGAAAACAUGUCUUUAGUUAAAUGAAGUGCUGACAUAGGCAGAAAACAUAGAUCAUUAAUUAUGUCAUUAAUGCUUGUUAACAUUGUCCUUGAGUUGGUCUGUGAAGCGAUUAUUUGCUAAAUCGUUAAUGAAAAAAAAUCCAAAACAUUUUGGCUUGUGACCCAACUUGAUUAGUUUCAACCCUUUUUAAUAUUUGUUGUGUUGCUUUCCCUCAGAUAGCCCUUAACCCUUCCAACAGCCGUAGUAUCAAUGUCCAAGUGAGAGUAUACACAGUCAACGACCCUAAGUGAUAAUAAGUUAAUUUGCUGGAUAGUAUAAAAAUCAUUAGGCAGUGGUUUGUAUAAAAACACAGGACCUUCUUAUGUGACCUUUUCAAAACUACUUGAAUCAUAAAUAGAUAUCCAUUAGGCCAUACAAGUUUAUAAAUCUGCAUCUCCUUCAAUGUAUAUCAAGUGGGCUUAUGACCCCAGGGUUAGUAAGCGCUGUUUCGUAAUCAUACAUUUUUGCAGACUGUGUCGCCCAAGAUCAGAUAACUGUCUUGUUUAUUUUCGCUCACUCAUUUCCUUUAGCGUUGUAUCACGAGUUGCUGUUUCUUACGAAAAAACUAUUUAGAGUCUCAGUGUGGUAAGACACGUAUGUUCUAUUAGGGGGGAACCAGUUAUCUUUGUUUGGAAAAACAAAUGACAGAUUGGAGACAGUGCGUACUCCAGCAAGAGAACACAGGUAAUAGGCCUAUCAAAGCAGGGUCUUUAAAACACACCUAAUUUGGAUACUUGAUAAUCCGAUUGAUGGAAAGAUAAUAAUAAUCUGCCCUCAAAAUCCAAGCUCAAGCCAAGACCCAUUCGUUUUUGAGGAAGGGUUACACCUUUUCAAACUAUCAACAAAAGCAAUAGCGGAUUGUCCACAAUAGAUGCAGCUAUUCCUCCGUAGUUCUGGUGUUGGAACCUGUUUGAUCUGAUACCUUUUUCAUAGUGAACACUAUGGAUUGUAACUCAUUUAAUCUCCAUGUAAAAUGGUUAGAUUAAGAUGAUGUUGCACCUCUUAUCUUCAUGAGAUGGUUACAUGGCAACGUAUCAGCGUUUUUACAUAAGCUUCUCAUUUAACUUUUCUUUUUUUUACACUUUUCUUGGUGUUCAGCGCCCAGAGAGGGGUUCCCCCUUUUCACCAUUAAUAUCAUAAUUUUGUGUGAAAAAAAAAUCUGGCUUUGGUGUACAGAUAUGAUCUAACAUUUAUCAAGAGAAAAUAAAGAUAAAGAACAUUGAUACAAAAAUGAAUACAAUGCAACAAUAUCUAGAUGUACAAACUGCAGGUGGGGCUAGGGGCCCAUGUUAUAGUAGGAUAGAAAUGUCAUAGUAGGGUGGACACAGCCUCAAGCCGGUUAAACAAAGGAGCAAGUCGGGUGAGUCAAUCGGCUCACUCAUUUAGGGAAGCUAAUAGAAUUGUAGAGAAUUAUCGACCAAAGCAUUCGCAAGUGGUGGUGACCUAGAGUCGUGAUGACUUUAACUUGAAGCGAAGGUAACUCGGUUCUGUGGCGGAGCUACCGGGGGUUGGGCAUCCCUCUCCCGGCUGGAAAUCUCCCCUCGUCCCGCCAGGCUCCCAGAUGGAUGUCCAGGGGUACCGCUGGGUGGGCUGGCGUGUGUGGCUCUGCCGCGUGGGAGCUGUGCUGUCACUAGGCCUCCUGCUGCUGCUGUUCACCUGGCGCCCCCGGUUCGCUGUCAUGGCCCGGUGCUCUCCCUGCCCUCUGGCCUUGGCCCACGUCCUGCUUCUGAGGGACAGUUUGGGACAUAAUUACGUGGUCCAAGUCCUCACAGAGGAGGUUGAGGAUGGAAGCUCGGAGCUGGUGGAAGAGGUGGAGGAGAACCGGGAAUGGAGAGAUACGGUCCAGCUCCACAAUGAGCAGAAAUCUCUGCUGCGCUUCUAUCAGUUCGAGGGCCUACGCUAUAUCUGGCUGCCCAGGAAAGGUGCCUUCUGUCCAGUCAGUGUCCUCAAUGAGGAAUGGACGUGUAGCGACCUGUAUCGCUUCCAAAGCGGCCUGAGUCCCCUGGAGCAGAACUCCAGGCAACAGGUCUAUGGACCAAACCUGAUUACUGUGCCUGUUAAGUCCUAUAUGAGUUUACUGGUUGACGAGAUCCUCAAUCCCUUUUAUAUCUUUCAAGUGUUCAGCAUCGCCUUGUGGAUGGCCGAUAACUACUAUUAUUAUGCCGCCUGUAUCCUCGUCAUCUCUCUCCUGUCCAUCAGCAUCUCGCUGUACGAAACACGCAAGCAAAGUGUCACUCUGCGCAACAUGGCCCAGCUCAUCACGACUGUUAAAGUACGCAGGAGCACCGGAGACGUGCUUUUGAGCUCAGAGGAACUGGUCCCAGGGGACUGCCUGCUCAUCCCGCCAGAAGGCCUGCUGCUGCCCUGCGACGCCGCCCUGCUGGCCGGGGAGUGCAUGGUCAACGAGAGCAUGCUCACAGGCGAGAGUGUCCCUGUUCUAAAGACCCCGCUGCCUACGGGGGACUCCCGGUUCAGUUCAGAGGGCCAUCGCAGACACACGCUCUUCUGCGGCACGCAACUCAUCCAGGCCAGGGGCGGGGCCGUGGCUGUGGUCACCAGCACAGGGUUUUUCACUGCUAAAGGAGACCUGAUAAGCUCCAUCCUCUACCCUCAGCCCAUCAACUUCCGCUUCUAUCAAGACGCCACCAAGUUCCUCCUCCUCCUGGGUGGCGUGGCUGUCCUUGGGACCAUCUACAGCGUUGUGGUGCUCAGCAUGUCCAACGUAACGUGGGGCGAGCUCGUGAUCAGGACCUUGGACGUGGUGACCAUCGUGGUGCCCCCCGCCCUGCCCGCUGCCAUCACCACGGGAACCAUCUACGCACAGCGCCGGCUCAAGCGCCAGGGCGUCUUCUGCAUCAGCCCGCCCCGAAUCAACGUCUGUGGCAAGGUGUCGCUCUUCUGCUUCGACAAGACAGGAACCCUGACCGAGGAGGGUCUGGACAUGUGGGGGGUGAUGGAAGCCCACCAGAAGGGCUUCUCUGAGCUGGUCCCAGACCCCAGGCUCCUGGCCCCCGGGCCCCUGCUCACGGCCCUGGCCUGCUGCCACAGCGUGGCCCUGCUGGAUGGCCAGGCGUACGGGGACCCCCUGGAGCUGAAGAUGAUGGAGUCCACUGGCUGGGAGCUGAUAGAGCCGUCCGUGGAUGGUCAUGCGUUGGACUCAGAGUUCGGAGGUCACAAGGUUCUGUCCGUCAUGAGGCCUCCUGCUGGGACUCCCUUCUCUGAGAGAACUCCUCACGCAGAGAGCGUGGCCGUCGUGCGCCGCUUCCCCUUUUCCUCGUCGCUGCAGAGGAUGAGCGUGGUGGCGGCGCCCCCUGGUGGCCGGCCGGCGAUAGCCAUCAUCAAGGGCUCCCCGGAGAUGGUGACCAGCCUCUGUCUGGCAGACACGGUGCCCCCGCAGUUCUCCGGUGUCUUGGAUGACUUUGCCAGCAGAGGCUUCAGGGUGCUGGCUCUGGGCUACAAAGUGAUGGGCAGCGACACGGACCUGGGGACGAUUGAACGAGAGGCGGUCGAAAGAGACAUGCGGUUCCUGGGCCUCUUCCUCAUGAGGAACCUGGUGAAGCCCGAGACGGCCGGGGUGAUCCAAACCCUGAGACAGGCCCAGCUCCGCACCGUCAUGGUCACCGGGGACAACAUCUUGACGGCGGUCAACGUCUCCAGGAGCUGUGGGAUGGUGGGCUCUGAGGACCAGGUGAUCUUCGUCCAGGCGUCUCCCCCUGACGGCCAGCUCCCUCCCACCCUCAGCUUCCACCAGGAGGACAGAGGUGCCUCUGGUACGCACGGCUCCACCGAGGUCCACACCUGGGGCUUGUACCAGAGUGGGGUCAGCUACCACCUCGCCGUCAAUGGGAAGUCCUUCUCCGCCAUCUGUGACCACUUUCCUGAGUAUCUCCCGAAGGUGCUGAUGCGGGCCACGGUGUAUGCCCGCAUGGCCCCGGAUCAGAAGACCCAGCUAGUGAAGGAGCUGCAGAAACUCAACUACCGCGUGGGGAUGUGUGGGGACGGGGCCAACGACUGUGGGGCCCUCAGGGCCUCUGACGUCGGCGUGUCGCUCUCUGAGGCCGAGGCCUCCGUGGCCUCACCUUUCACCUCCAAGGUCAACAACAUCAGCUGUGUGCCUCUGCUCAUCAGAGAGGGUCGCUGUUCUCUAGUCACCUCCUUCAGCCUGUUCAGAUACAUGGCCCUGUACAGCCUCAUCCAGUUCAGCUCUGUGCUCAUCCUCUACACGGUGAAGACCAACCUGAGCGACUGGCAGUUCCUGUUCUUUGACCUGUUCCUGGUGACCCUGCUGGCCAUAGUGAUGGGUCGAGGGGGUCCCAGCGAGGAGUUGCACCCCCGCAGACCCCCGGCCAGCCUGAUCGCCCUGCCCAUCCUGGGGGGCAUGUUCCUGCACACGCUGUUCAACAUCCUGGGGCAGACGGGGGCUCUGCUCAUCACCACCUCCCAGGACUGGUUUGUUCAGCUCAACUCCACAGAGUCCGGUGCCGCAAACCUGCCCAACAUGGAGGAGACGAGCGUCUUCGCCCUGUCCGGGUACCAGUACAUCAUCAUGGCCGUGGUGGUCACCAAGGGCUACCCGUACAAGAAGCCUCUGUACCACAACUUCCUCUUCCUGGGCCUGCUGCUGAUCUUCCUGGGCGUGAUGACCUGGCUGGUGCUCUACCCCGGCCCGGUCUUCGCCAAGCUGCUCCAGCUCUAUACCUACCCUGAUACGACCUUAAACAUGCUGCUGGUGUCCCUGGCAGCCCUCAACUUCCUCACCUGCUUCCUAAUGGAGGUGCUGAUCGACCAGGGCCUGCUGAACUGUCUGCGUUGUGUGCACAGGAAGCGCAUGUCUAAGAAGCAGUACAAGCGGCUGGACGUGCUGUUGUCCGAGUCUCCGUCGUGGCCGCCCCUCAACCAAUCACUGCCCUCCGCACAGUACACAGUGAUAGGACUGAGCUAGCGCUGAGCGUCUUUUUCAUUUCCUUUUAUAUCUUAUUUUUGGGGACACAGAGGGGUUUUAACUUUGGUUUUGUUUGGUUGGUCAAUGAAAUUGAAGUUGUUGAUAGGCACUAUUCUAUAAAUACUAUUUAUGUAAAUAAAAUACUUUUUUAUACUUCUUGUUGAACUAAAUUGUGCUUGGGGGUGGCGCAUUUUGUCUGCGAGUUAUUUCUGAAGUUGUAGAGCAUAUAGCGUCAGGCUGUAAUCAUACAUCAUAGUCGUUAUGUUAAAGGCUGCAAUCAAUGUGUCCAUGGGAAAUUUACGUAGGCUACAUUCUAAGCCAGGGCUGAGAGUACUUGUCAUGCAUCACUGUAUUCAUCUAAGUGUCGGCAUUGUUUAUGUACUGACUUCCAUAUCCUGUGUGUAAUAAGUAGCCCGAUUAUGGUUGCAGUGUAUCUCGGUACCAAUCUAAGGUGACCUCACCUAACCAGUUACUGAUUGGUUGAAAUUGUGCCAAUGUCACUUGCCAUAUUAGCAUAGUGGGUACAGACAUUUCCCUUCAUAUUAGUGUUAAAUAAGUGUUGCCUUGAUACUAUACCUACCAACCUCUUUAAGAAUGUUUUUCGACUGCCUAGCAGUAGACAUAUUGCAGAUAGUUAACAACUCUCUCCAGUCAGGCAAGUUCCCAAAAGCUUUGAAAACUGCAGUUAUUAAACCCCUUUUAAAAAAAGCGGAGCCUAGAUGCCUCUAUUAUUAACAACUACAGACCAAUAUCAAAUCUACCCUUCAUAAGUAAAAUCAUUGAGAAAGUUGUCCUCCAGCAACUAAAUCACUUCCUGGCAUCAACUGGUUGCUAUGACACCUUCCAAUCAGGAUUUCGACCCCUGCACAGCACUGAGACCGCCCUUAUUAAA